AUGUUGUUCCCCUGGAUCCCCGAUUUCCAACAAUUACAUUUAACCGUUCCGGCCAAAGCCCAUACCUUGAAGUUAGAUUGGAACGGCCUGACUAUCAACGACUACACCCAUACAAUUGAAGUUGUAUCGUUGCCGGAGGAAGUCGGUCAACAAUAUAGAGUUGAUCCAUUGGAAUCGUAUGAAGCCCACCGAGUGGCAGAGAACACGGAUAUUGCCAACAACAUUAUAGCCCCUCCUGGUAAUCUUCUUAUUUACCUGAAAAACCAGGACUCGUACCUCGCAUCACCAGGAAAUCGUAGUUAUGUUUUAUAUACUGUGAAGAAAGUGUCGGGUGAGAAUAUGAGAGGGUUGCAUUAUCAAUGA